UGCGGAGCAGAGAUGCGCAUGUGACGACAAAAAGCGGACGCAGGGAGCCGGUUUUGGGUCUUUUUCACCGUGAAGACGCGGAGAAGAUCUGCGCUCCGCCGGCCGACACCCCCGGGCUGCUCGGACCUGAACGCACCGGGUCCGCUCGGACUGAACCGACGCCGCGGCGAGUGACGACAGGGAGGCCGGCUCAUUAUCCAGCAGACGGCCGGGAAGGUCCUCCCACCCGCCCGGUGGCUGCCUAUUUAUACGGUGACCGCCGCGGGUCGCGAUAACGGGACGCCACUGGGACACAGAGACGUAAACCACAGCGCGUGCCGGCUCUGGCCCAGGCUGCAGCCAUGCCUCUUCUGGAAGAGACCGCUCUGCCGACAGAGCACCCACCUACUGUCCCCGUGGUCAUCAUAGGAAACGGGCCUUCCGGUAUUUGCCUGUCCUACCUGCUGAGUGGAUACAAGCCCUACUUAGACACGGCAACUGUCCACCCAAACCCAAUACUGUACAGAAAACUGCAGGAAACCAAGCACCUCCCGAUCACAGAGCAGGAUUUGGAAUUUCUGAGCGAAGGUCUCGAGGGGAGGUCCAGGAAUCCCGUCGCUGUGCUUUUCGACACCCUGCUGCACCCCAAUGCUGACUUUGGCUACGAGUUCCCUCCUGUCCUGCAGUGGAGGAGGGACAAGCAGCAGCAGAUCCCACAUCUGGUUCUGGGGAGGGCAACACCUGGGGGAGCCUGGCAUGCGAUGGAAGGCUCCAUGCUGACUAUUAGUCUCGGCAUCUGGAUGGAGCUUCCUGGGGUCAACUACCGAGACCUGACUAAUGGGAAACGCAGGGAUGUCACCAGCGACAGAGCCACCCCAGAAGAGAUCUCUUCCUAUUACCGUAACUACGUGAAGCUAAAGGGUCUCCAAAAGAAUUUCGCUGACAACACCUACGUGACCUCUGUCCAGAAACUCUGCCGGGGGCAUGAGGGGGAAGGUCUGGAAAAUGGGCAUGCCGAUCAAGGAGACGAAGGGGUGGGAGAUGGUGGGAAUGAGGGCUUUGAGGGGAAUGGAGUAGAGAGUGUAAACAGUGGAGGAGGUGGGGCUCUCUGGGAGGUGAGGGGAUACCAGCAGGUGCAGAACGACACCCAUGUUCCCUUUUCUCUGUUUGCGGAGAACGUAGUCCUGGCCACCGGUGCGUCCGAUUCGCCUGUCCGAUUAGGUGUCGAGGGGGAGGAUCUUCCUUUCGUGUUCCACAGCAUCUCAGACCUGGGCUUGGCCGUGAGCCGGAGGAAACUGGAUGUGAACUCUGAUCCGGUUCUGAUCGUAGGCGCCGGUUUAAGUGCCGCUGAUGCCGUUCUGUGCGCUUGUAGCAGCAACGUCAGAGUGCUGCAUGUGUUCCGUAAGAGCGUAGACGACCCAGACCUCAUCUUCAAGCAGCUGCCCAAGACCCUGUACCCAGAGUACCACAAAGUCUACAACAUGAUGUGCUCUCAGGCCUACACAAGUGUGGCCCCUUCUUCUGCCCCUAAUAGACCCCAGGCAGUCAGCAUCGCCUCCUCAGUAUGUGCCAAGAUGUGCCCAAAGCCCCAGCUUGCAGCGGGUAACGUGGCCGGUAAUGCUAGCGUCGGCCUGUUUCCCGACUACACCAGUUUCCCUGAGCACUGCGUGGUGUCCUUCCAGUCCGAUAUGAAGUGUUUGCUGCAGGGGAACAAUUCCCUCAAGGCAUUCAAGAUCUCCAUGGCCCUGGUACUGAUUGGGACCAACCCAAAUCUGUUCUUCAUGAAGGGGCAGGGCCAGUACCUCGGCCAGGAUCCAACCAGACCUAUCUCCUGCAAGCAAAACCCCAUUGACAUCCACCCUUACACUUUUGAGUGUACCAAGGAGCCAGGUCUGUUCGCCAUGGGCCCGCUGGUGGGAGACAACUUUGUUCGCUUUUUGAAGGGCGGCGCGUUAGGCAUCGCCUCCUGUCUGCUGAAGAGACUCAAGAAUAAAGGGAAGCUCAUCAGCAAUGGGGGAAAUAACUUCAUCUGAAAGCAGGACGGUGGUCGUUUUGCUGGUCUUAGGGCACAGAUUGCAAACCGUUGAUGUAGAAGGCAAAGUUCUAAUAUGUUUUUCUCAUUAAUGCAGUGUUUUAUCAUCAAAGCUAAGGCAUUUUUACAACUUUAUGAGACCAAAAAGACAAUGGAUGUACACCAAUUAGUUUCUAAAGAAACAAAAGACAGCUUUGUAGGGUGUUGCCUGGCUUCAUAAGAAGUCCCCAUAUGUCCAAGCUACCAUGUGCGAAUGUUUUCUAGUCAAUCUGUAACCUCAUAACUGAAUGGGACCUUCUUAUUUUCAUCAGGGUUAUUUAUUCAUUCACCGUGUGUCUUUAAUCCAUCUACUAACAACACUUAACUUGCAUCUUGCUUUAAGUCUCCUUUAGCUUCAGCUUCAGGAGAUGGAACACUCCAUUUCAAUCCAUGCAACUUUUAGCUAAAGUUGUGUGGGUGCUCGCAGAGCAACCUGUGGUCCCACUUACAACACCUAUAAACUCGACAGAACACAAUCACGAGUGUUUGCAAUAUGACAAGCACACCAGAUUUAUCUCAGAACCUGUGACCCAACAAGUUCAUGGCUAAGAAGCCUUAGUAGGCGGUUUUCUACUGCAGGAACUCAGAGCCUUGUGAUCGGUAGUUCCAGUCUUUCUUUUUCCAUUGUGGUGUAAGAUCCAAAAACUUUGACUGUGACGUUAAAUUCGAGUGCACCAAGACAAUGACCAAAAUACCAGCUACUGGAUGCAACACCAAUUCUAUGAGCGUGUAGGAAAUCAAGCAAUGGAGGUUUGGUUUGUUAGUCUAUAUGAUGAGUUUUAUGAUGUUGAUGGCGAUGUUAGAGAGGACAAAACUGCUCAUCAACGAGGGCAUCAAGAGAGCUUUUUGUCCUUUCUAAGUUUAACAGCAUUUUUACAGGGCCACUAUAAAGAACCCCCCGAGAUGGUACUUUUCCCACCAAAACAGCCCUGAAAGGGAUCAAUCUUGUGAUCGGAUGUUGCUUAAAGGUUCCUGCAGUGGAAAACGGUUUAGUGUUCCUGAUUAUUGAGCCUGCUUUUUAAAAAACAUCUUCUUUUAGCUGCUAUUGUAGGUAGUUGGAGCCAUAGCCUAAUAAAUUUGACCUGUUGCUUUGGUUAUACGACUACUAAAAGGCUUUCUAUACAAAUAAUUACACUUACAGAUCCCAUUGCUAAUGUAGAUUAGCAAUUGUACUGUUUGGAUUCAAGCACCCCGGCAAAAGAUAUGGUCAUUAAAGGAUCACUCUGGUGUUUUACAUGUUAAAAACUACAAAAAGAAACUAGUCUCAAAUUCACACCCCUAACAUUAUAUUUGUUGCAAUGUUAAUGUUUGCUUAUUUCUUUUUCAAGAAGAAAUCUUUCAACUUUAAAUUCAGAAACUUGUGUCUACCUAUCCCAUAAGGACAGACUUAGACUAAAACAAAGAUGGACACGGUGUUCACUGUGAGCGUUAAAACAAGAAACACCAGUAUGAUCCUUAGCCCUUUAAUUAUAAUUGCCAAUUAAGCGAUGACGAGAGAAAAGUCAUCCACUUCUUGCCUUGGUGAACCAUUAAUCUCAACACUUUUACAACACUGCAGAUUUUCUUGUCAUUUUAGGGCAGAAUGACUGUUAAGUGCCAAAUAAGUUUAGAAAGGUUACGAGGAGUGACAGUAGCGACCUUUUUUUUUUCCAUUUCUACUAUUUUAUAUUUUUCUUUUCAGUCAUUUAAAACGUGUUUGCAAAACUAUGAUGCCAUAUGCAGAAUUCUUUGCUCAUGCACAGCUCAGGCUUUGUUUACUGUGAUGUGACAUUUUGAACCUUGUGUAGGAAAAUCUUCUUUUUUUAAACCCCCUUCUAUACAUAUGCGUCAGUGAUGGGGGUAAAGCAUUACCUAAUAACAUGUUAGUCUUAUUUUUUUUCCACUAACAACAUAGUUUGACAUAUUACUGUUUAGGUUUCAUAUAACAGUUAACUAGUGAAAAUGUUACUUGUGUUAACUACUGAAGUUCGGCUGAAUUAUACCUUGAUACUUUUUUUCACUGACUUCUGUUUUUGAUAUAAAUAUUAAAUAUAUGCAUGCAGGCAUGAAGUAUUGCCUAGCAGCAGCUGCUGAGAGCAGAAGACGGACACGAGUUAGGACGGUGGAUUUAAGGACUGAACAGGGUGGCUCCAAUGUGGACAUAACUUUCUAUUGUUGUUUUGGCUUUACUUAAAGAUUAAAAUACAAGGAUGUUGCAUCCAGGUGAGACACACAGUUAGGACCAAAAGUAUUUACAGCCAAUGGAAACCUUUGAUUUAAAGUGAUUUUUUUUUGACCAACAGGUUUCUUCUGGCUGGAAAUGACAAAAACAAGCAACAAAAGAUGGUAAGACAUCCUUUUAGAGAUGAUUAUGGUAAAUUUUAACUAUUUCUAUGGUUUAAAACGUGACAUUUCUUUAAAAAAAAAAAAAAAAAAAAGUUAAUCAUUAA